AUGAGACAUGACAAAAAACGACGUUACGUGGCAUCAGGCAUGGUUCGAGCAGAAGUGCCACGAGAAUGGCAACCUCAGCAUCUGCCAUAUAGUCAACCAAUCCCAAGUCAAACUACAGAAUUGUCUGAGCAACCACCCGUUCAAAAACCCAUUUCAUUUCAACGGACUUCAUUUCAAACAUAUCCACAGCAACUCGUUGUGGGGCCAAGAGCAUGGAAAGUUGCUACUCCUCCCAAAGAUUAUCAAACAUCCUCAGUAUGA